UUAAACUGUUGCUUGACGCCACCUCUUUCGAGAAAAAAAAAAGUUUUUUUUUUCUCUCUGAUUUUUUUCCACCACCACCCACCGACGAUUUUCCUUCAUCCAAUGGAAGCCGCCGCCGACAAUCAGAGCCCUUCUUCAUCGGACGUUGAUGUCACGCCACGUGGGGCAAGCUCAGCCGUCCUUCGAGCUCUUCAAUUAAUCCAAUACGACGAUUCCGAUUCCAAGCUACAAGCCGCUAAGGAAAUCCGUCGGCUCACCAAAACUUCCCAAAGGUGUCGCCGGUUACUUGCUGAAGCUGUUAUCCCUCUCGUUUCUAUGCUCCGAGUCGACUCACCUCAGUCCCACCAUGAGUCUGCUCUUCUCGCCCUCCUUAAUCUCGCCGUUAAAGACGAAAGGAAUAAGAUGAGUAUUGUGGAAGCAGGUGCUUUAGAUCAUGUUAUUAGAUUCCUUCAAAGUGAGAAUAUAAACCUCCAAGAAUCCGCAACCGCAGCAUUGCUAACUCUAUCUGCUUCGAUCAGCAAUAAACCGAUUAUUGGCGCGUCCGGUGCGAUUCCUCUGCUUGUAAAUAUCCUUAAACAUGGAACCACACAAGCAAAAGUUGAUGCUGUGAUGGCUUUAUCCAAUCUCUCAACGUACACCGAUAAUCUCACUGUCAUUAUUGAAACCGAUCCCGUCCCUUCCGUGGUCACUUUACUGAAAUCUUCAAAGAGAUCAUCAAAAACGGCUGAAAAAUGUUGUUCCGUCAUAGAAUCCAUGGUGGGGUUCGAUGAAGGAAGAACAGCUUUAGCAGCUGAAGAUGGUGGGGUACUAGCAGUUGUUGAAGUGCUCGAAAACGGCACUCGUCAAGCUAGGGAACAUGCUGUUGGGGCUUUAUUGACGAUAUGCGAGAGUGACCGAUGUAAAUAUAGGGAACUGAUUCUUAAAGAAGGUGUAAUCCCUGGAUUACUUGAACUUACAGUACAAGGAACACCGAAAUCUCAGACGAAAGCUCAAACACUUUUGAGGUUACUAAGGGAGACACCGUAUCCUAGGUCUGAGUUCCAACCUGAUACAUUAGAGAAUAUUGUUUGUAACAUAAUAUCGCAGAUUGAUAGCGAUGAACAAUCGAGUAAAGCAAAGAAGAUGUUGGCUGAGAUGGUUCAAGUCAGUAUGGAACAGAGCUUGAGACAUUUACAACAAAGAGCUCUGGUUUGUACCCCAACUGAUUUAUGAUUUUGCUUCUUGUCCUCUUUUUCUUUUUUUUAUGUUCUUGGUGGUGUUUGAUAGUUAAAGAAACUGUGAAAAUGCCGGUCCAGGCCGUUUAUGGUGGUAUCGGGUGACUGGUAAAUGAAAAAAAUUGUCAAUAAAUUGGAAAUUAUAUGAUGUUGAAUGCAUAGUUUCUAGUUUGCUUGUAAAGAUGUAACUGUUGUUAUAUGUAAUACAUUAUACCGUCAAUGAAAGUUCUUGUUUAUUUUUUCU